UUGGGAAUUGUAGUUUUCUUUCUAUGAAUACCUCAUACUUUGAAGGGUAAAUGGUUUAAGUUGCAGUCUGAGAAAGAUUUGUUUCCUGCUUGAAGAGGACACUUAAAUGCAUCGCGGACAUUUAAGUUGCAUUAAAGCAGUUGGACUCAUGAAGGUUUUCUUAACGAGGCGAAUCCCGCAAGAAGGGAUGAAGAUCCUGGAAGCGGCGAGAGACUGUGAGGUGUCUAAGUGGGACUCGGAUGAACCUGUGCCCAGGGCCGAGCUUCUCAAGGGGGUUCAGGGGGCCCACGGUCUCCUGUGUUUGCUGUCAGACAAGAUCGACACUGAGGUCCUGGAUGCUGCAGGGCCAAACUUGAAAGUAAUCAGCACAAUGUCAGUGGGAUUUGAUCACAUGGCUCUUGAUGAGAUCAAAAAACGAGGAAUACGCGUUGGAUACACCCCGGAUGUCCUGACCGACGCUACUGCGGAGCUGACUGUGGCUCUGCUGCUGGCCACUGCUCGCAGAUUGCCAGAGGGAGUAGAGGAGGUGAAAAAUGGCGGCUGGAGCUCCUGGAAGCCUCUCUGGCUGUGUGGCUACAGCCUGUCUGGCAGCACCGUGGGAGUCAUUGGACUGGGACGCAUCGGUAUGGCCAUAGCUCAGAGGCUGGUUCCUUUUGGAGUGAAGAGGUUGCUGUACUCUGGGAGAACAGCCAAAGCCCAUGCGGCUGAAGUGAACGGAGAGUUUGUCCCCCUGGAAACACUUGUGGCUGAAAGUGACUUCAUCGUUGUUUCCUGCUCACUCACACCAGAAACCCAGGGUCUGUGUGACAAAGCCUUUUUCAGCAAGAUGAAAAAAACAGCAAUCUUGGUCAACUCGAGCAGGGGAGCUGUGGUGAACCAGGAGGAUCUGUAUGACGCUCUGAAAAGCGGACAGAUAGCUGCAGCUGGACUGGACGUCACAACACCCGAGCCACUUCCAACAAACCAUCCACUUCUUACGCUGAAGAACUGUGUGGUCUUGCCGCACAUCGGCAGUGCCUCGUACACCACUAGAGGCAUCAUGUCAGCUUUGUCAGCUCAGAACCUGCUGGGGGGUCUGCAGGGCUCGGACAUGCCCAGUGAACUCAGCUUCUAGAUGGUGAAAGUACCUUUGUGCCUGCAGCCCCCGGUGAUGGAUGGACAACAGAAGAUGAUUAAGACAUGAAUGAAAUUGUUGGUACAAAGGUCACUGAAGCAACUUGAACCUGACAAAAGUUAUAAUAACUGAUAAUUUACUGAAAAGGAACUUCUGUAAAUAUUGAAACGUUUUUGUCCAGUCUAGUUUCUUUUUUUAUCAUUAUGUUGAAUUACAAUUCAAAAGCAAUAUCCGAUUUUCAUCAGCUAUCUACAUAUUAUUUGUUUUACUUAUGUCAUUUUCAAGUUAUUUCAGUUACCGUUGUCCGUUUUCCAACUAAUCUUUCCACAUCUGUAGCAGUUAGUACAGUUAUAUUAAAAAACACGCUCUUCCCACUCAGCGUUGUUUCCUUUAGUCUAACAUACUAAACACUGAGUUUUAUUUUUAAUGUAGAUAGAUGUGGAUUUUGAGGAAGGAAUCAUAGUUCAUGUGUUUUGUCACUUCAUGCAUUCAGGUUCUCAGACAUCCAGCUGACGAGCUGACUAGCAGCACAUUAACCAGGGGUUGAAGCAAACACACUUUGCCUUCUGUAGAAAAUAAUGCAAACCUUUUCUCUUUUACAGUGAUUUAUUCAAAUAUAAUCAGUAGUCAAUGCUCAUAGCUCCCUUUCUAACGGUGAUCCAUGAAGUACAAAUUAGCAUCACAUGAUCAGCACUUUAGACUUAAUAAACAGCAGGACACUUUAGUUCUGUAUGAAGUUGGACACCCUCCCCUCCAGAAUAAAAUCUUAAAAUCAAGUUUAAAAGUAUGUAUGUUUUCUUUAGGAUUAUGUCUUCAUCAUCAAAGAAAUGCAACAUUUAUACUCAUUACUUUUUACAUCUGUGGUUUGAAUGAAUUCAUGCCUUUAGUCAUGUGUAAGCUAUUUUAUUGCUUUCACUUCAUGGAGUUAUUAAAAUAAAGUCGGCAUGGAAAGAAAAGACAAAUUUGAGUUCAUGUAAAUUCAAAUAAAAAAAGAGUUG